ACAAAGCGGGAGAUAUUUAAAUAGCAAAGACAAAAAAAUAACACCCAAAGUGCGGUUAGACAGUUUGAUUUCGUAUUAGUUGUUCCCCAGGAUUCUAUGCUUGAGGGGGUGACUAAAAAUGACUGAAGAGUCGGCGGUUAAAGUGUGCGUUCGAGUCCGUCCGCUUAUUGCGAGGGAGAGCGCCGCGUCGGAGAGCGCCGAGCCUGUGCCCCUGUUUUGGAAGGCUGAUAAGAAAUCCAUUCAUCAGGUCGACGAUGGGAAUUCCACAAAGAGCUUCGUUUUUGACAGAGUUUUCACCGCGGACGAAACGACCAAUCAGCUGUACCAGGACAUUGCAAAGCCGCUGGUUGUUUCUACUGUCAAGGGAUACAAUGGAACCAUAUUUGCUUACGGGCAGACUUCUUCGGGAAAGACCUUCACCAUGAUGGGGGGCGACCGUAUUCAUGGGGUGAUUCCUCUGGCUGUGGACGACGUCUUCCAGACAAUUAGAAAUUGUUCAAAGAAGGAGUUCCUCCUGAGGGUUUCCUACAUGGAAAUCUACAACGAGACUGUGAGUGAUCUACUCGUUGACAGCUGCAAGAGGAAACCCCUGGAAGUGCGAGAGACCAUCAAUAAAAACAUCUACGUGGCGGACCUGACUGAGGAGCUGGUGACGACUACAUCCCAAGUUCUGGCCUGGAUCCGGAAAGGAGAAGAAAACCGGCACUAUGCAAAGACGAAGAUGAACGAGCGGAGCAGCCGCUCUCACACCAUUUUCCGGAUGAUCCUGGAAAGCAGAGAAAUUGGCGAACCGGCUUCAGGGGAGAUUUCAGACGGUGCCGUUAUUGUGUCUCAUUUGAAUUUAGUUGAUCUGGCUGGAUCUGAGAGAGCAAGUCAAACGGGAGCUGAAGGCACACAUUUCAAGGAAGGUGUCAAUAUCAAUCGGAGCCUGUUUACACUCAGCCAAGUGAUCAAGAAACUGACCGAUGAAAGUCAGAAGGGUUUCACCAACUACAGAGACAGUAAGCUGACCCGCAUCCUGCAGAACUCCCUGGGGGGGAACGCUAAAACGGUCAUCAUCUGCACCAUCACUCCUGCCGCUCUGGAUGAGACGCUCAGCACUCUGCAGUUUGCCUGCACUGCCAAAAAAAUGAAGAACGACCCCCAUGUGACGGAGGUGUCUGAUGACGGGGCUCUGCUCAAGAGGUACCGCAACGAAAUUGUAGACCUCAAGCGACGGCUUCACGAGGUGUCCUCACACACGCACACCUCCGCAACGGAGAAGGAGGUUCUCUCCCAGCUGCUCCAGGAAAAGGAUCAGCUGCAGAGGGAACAAGAGGAUCGCAUCAGAAACCUGACCAGGCUUCUGGUCUCCAGCUCCAACCUGGUUCCUGUUCGUAAGAGGCCAAAACGCAGGGUGACGUGGGGAGGAAAGAUGGCCCGUCUGCCCGCACACGAUGGCAGUCCGUCCGGCCUCAGCUCUGCAGAGACUUUCACUCGGAAGGGAAAAGCGGAUCGCUCCUGUAUGUCGGCUCUGUGUGAAGAAGAGGAGGACUUUGACUCUCGCUGGGAGAUUGCUGACGAGCCGUCGUAUGAAAUGGACAUGAGCCAGAGCUCUGUGACUGUUCGAAGCUUCGAAGACAGCCCCAAAGACUUUAUGUCUCCUGACGGUGGCUGCAACCUUUCAGGGAAAGUGUCCAACCUGGAGAUGCAGCUGGAAAUAGAGACCCGACAGACAGAGGAGGCCAGGACAAAAGUAGAGACCUUAGAUGCCGUUGUGGCCGAACUGCAGCUGCAGCUGCAGACGGAGGCUCGACAGACGCAGGAGGCCCUGGAGAAGAUGCAGACUGCAGAACAGAGGGCGGGCGAGGUCGAGCUGCAGCUGCAGCUGCACACGGAGGCCCAGCAGAAGCAGGAGGCCAAUGAAGAAGUGGAGCUUUUGAAGUUAAGAGUGGCCGACCUGGAGAAACAGCUGGAGGAACAGAGCCACACUCCGAGUGACGCUGAUGAACAGAUGAAGAAAGAAUUUGCAGAGACCAUCCAGCUGUGUGAGACUCUGGCUAAAGAGAAGGACGAUGCGACGACUGAGCGGGACUAUCUGAAGGAGGAGCUCGGGAUGUUCAUGGAGGAGAUCAAGCGCCUGGAAGAGGAGAAAGCGACUCUGUCGAAAGAGAAGGAGGAGAAGAGGGAGAUGGACGAGUUUGUUUCUCUCGAGGAGGAGUUCCGGAAGGAGCACGAGAGCGAGCUUCAAAAUGAAAUCGCUAAACUGAAGAGCGACCUCGUCUCCUCUGAGCUCCAACGCCUUGAGCUAAAUAACAAAAUAGAAACUCUUUCCAAAGAGCUCCAGAGUAAAACAGAGUUUGCGGAGGAACUUCAGAGUCUGAGCGGGAAGGACCUGGUGAAGGAGGUGGCGGCGCUCCGUCGCUCUCUGGACGAUGCCGAGGGGCUCAGCAGAGACACCAAGAAGGAAUGGGCCCACCUGCGCAGUAAGAACAUCGCUGUGGAGGAGAUGAAUGUGAAUCUGAACGCCGGCUACGAGAAGCUGGAUGCCGAGCUGACUCGACUGCGCUCUCAGCUGGAGGCGGAGAAGUCUCGCUUCAAAUCGAUGCAGAGCGACCUCCAAAAGGAGCUGAACGUGGCGUUCGACGAGAACACCAAGCUCACCACUCUGCUCGACGGAAACGUCCCCAAAAACCUGAUCGACAGCUUGGAGCUGGAGAGGACGGCGGCCCGGCUGAGCAGAGAGCUGACCUCGUCUCAAGAGGCAGAAGGGUCCCUCAGAGCCCAGCUGGAGGAGCUCUCCUCGCUCCGGACUCUUCCCGAUCAGCUGAACGAGCUGAUGCAGGAGCUCCAGCAUGUGAGAACAGAGAAGGGCGCUCUCCUGUCCCAGCAGAGGAGCGCUGCAGAGGAGACGGAGAAGCUGCUGUCCGCGGUCGCGUGUCUCACUGCAGAGAGAGACCAGCUCACCACGGACCUCCAGGAACACGUGGAGGAGGCUGCAGAGACACAACUUCUUCUACAAUCUCUUCAAGACGAGCUCCAAGAGCAGACCCGACAGAACUCCAAUGUGGUGGAACUCGCUAAGCAGAAGGAGUUUGAAUCGGAUCAACAUAUGCAGAGUCUGUCAGAGGAGCUCCAGCGCGUGCGAGCUGAGAAGGACGCUCUCCUGUCCGAGCAGAGGAGCUGUGCAGAGGAGGCGGAGAAGCUGCUCUCCUCGAUCACGUCCCUCACAGCAGAGCGAGACCAGCUGCAGACGGACCUGCAGGAAAACGUGGAGAUGAUGAUUGAGAAUCAGGAGGAGCUAAGGACGGCUCUGGAGAAGAAUCGAAAGCAGAAGGCGCAAAUCAAGCUGCUGGAAGCUGCACAGCAAGAACCGGAAGAUUCAGCCAGCGAGACGGCCGCACAGAGGGAGCAGCUGCAAACGCUUAUGAUCGAGAACCAGGAGGAGCUGAGGGCGUCUCAGGAGAAGAUCAGACUUCUCCAAGACGAGAUCGACGAGCUGAGGAGCCAAAAGGCAGAGCCGGAGGGCGACGCAGAGAUCGAACUCCAGAUUCAGAGGCUGACUGAGAAGCUGCAGCUCGUGGAGGCGGAGAGGGACGGUCUGCUCUCCGAGAAGGACUCCAUCCUUCAGACGUCCACGGAGGAGACGGAGAAGCUGCUGUGCAGAGUGACGUCUCUCAGCGAGGAGAGAGAUCAGCUGCUGGAGACUCUGGAGGGAGUCAGAGGGGAGGAGAGGCAGCUCAGGGCGCAGCUGGAGGACAAGAUGGAGACCAUGCAGACGGAGAGGAAGGAACUCCCGGCUUUGGCUGAGCAGGAGAACCAGAUGGAAGGUGAUCUGCAGAGUGCCACGGAGAUGACUGCAGCUUCUCAAAGCCUUCUACAAUCGCAGGAGAACAUGGAACAGGAGAGACUCCAGGAGAGGAAAGCUCAGCUAGAGCAGCAGGUUGCAGAGGCCGAGUCUCUUCUUUCAUCUCUUCAAGCGGAGCUCCGAGAGCAGAGGGAAUCUGGCUUGGAUCGCCAGAGCCUCGUCGAGCAGCUCGAGAGUGUGCGAGCAGACAGGGAUGCUCUGUCGCUGAAGAUGAGCAUGUGUCAGACCUCUACAGAGGGAACGGAGAAGCUGCUGUGCAGAGUGACGUCGCUCAGCGAGGAGAGAGAUCAGCUGCUGGAGACUCUGGAGGCGGUGAGAGGGGAGAAGCAGCAGCUCAGGGCGGAGCUGGAGGACAUGAUGGAGACGGUGCAGUGUGAGUUGCAGCAGCAGCUCGGCGCUGAGCCUCAGUCGCUGAAGGAGGAGCAGGACCUGUGCUCCGCUCUGCAGAUCCAACAGCUGGAGGAGCGUCUGGAGAAACGGGAGCAGGAGCUGAGCCAGUUUAAGUCUGACCUUCAAGACAAUGUGGAGCUGAUGAUCGAGAACCAGGAGGAGCUGAGGGCGUCUCAGGAGAAGAUCAGACUUCUCCAAGACGAGAUCGACGAGCUGAGGAGCCAAAAGGCCGAGCCGGAGGGCGACGCAGAGAUCGAACUCCAGAUUCAGAGGCUGACUGAGAAGCUGCAGCUCGUGGAGGCGGAGAGGGACGGUCUGCUCUCCGAGAAGGACUCCAUCCUUCAGACCUCCACGGAGGAGACAGAGAAGCUGCUGUGCAGAGCGACGUCGCUCAGCGAGGAGAGAGAUCAGCUGCUGGAGACUCUGGAGGGAGUCAGAGGGGAGGAGAGGCAGCUCAGGGUGGAGCUGGAAGACAGGAUGGAGACCAUGCAGAUGGAGACGAGGACUCUUUCUGAGAAGCUGCAGCUCUUGGAGGCGGAGAGGGACGGUCUGCUGUCAGAGAAGGACUCCAUCCUUCAGACGUCCACGGAGGAGACGGAGAAGCUGCUGUGCAGAGUGACGUCUCUCAGCGAGGAGAGAGAUCAGCUGCUGGAGACUCUGGAGGGAGUCAGAGGGGAGGAGCGGCAGCUCAGGGCGCAGCUGGAGGACAAGAUGGAGACCAUGCAGACGGAGAGGAAGGAACUCCUGGCUUUGGCUGAGCAGGAGAACCAGAUGGAAGGUGAUCUGCAGAGUGCCACGGAGAUGACUGAAGCUUCUCAAAGCCUUCUACAAUCGCAGGAGAACAUGGAACAGGAGAGACUCCAGGAGAGGAAAGCUCAGCUAGAGCAGCAGGUUGCGGAGACCGAGUCUCUUCUUUCAUCUCUUCAAGAGGAGCUCCGAGAGCAGAGGGAAUCUGGCUUGGAUCGCCAGAGCCUCGUCGAGCAGCUCGAGAGUGUGCGAGCAGACAGGGAUGCUCUGUCGCUGAAGAUGAGCACGUGUCAGACCUCCACGGAGGAGACGGAGAAGCUGCUGUGCAGAGUGACGUCGCUCAGCGAGGAGAGAGAUCAGCUGCUGGAGACUCUGCAGGGAGUCAGAGGGGAGAAGCAGCAGCUCAGGGCGGAGCUGGAGGACAAGAUGGAGACCAUGCAGAUGGAGACGAGGACUCUUUCUGAGAAGCUGCAGCUCUUGGAGGCGGAGAGGGACGGUCUGCUGUCAGAGAAGGACUCCAUCCUUCAGACGUCCACGGAGGAGACUGAGAAGCUGCUCUGCAGAGUGACGUCUCUCAGCGAGGAGAGAGAUCAGCUGCUGGAGACUCUGGAGGGAGUCAGAGGGGAGGAGAGGCAGCUCAGAGCGCAGCUGGAGGACAAGAUGGAGACCAUGCAGACGGAGAUCACACAGCUGGAGGCGUCUCUGCAGACUGUGACUGAGCAGAAGAGGGAGCUGGACGCCGAACUACAGCGCAGCGGGAAUGAGACGAGGACUCUUUCUGAGAAGCUGCAGCACGUCGAGGCGGAGAGGGACGGUCUGCUCUCCGAGAAGGACUCCAUCCUUCAGACGUCCACGGAGGAGACGGAGAAGCUGCUGUGCAGAGUGACGUCUCUCAGCGAGGAGAGAGAUCAGCUGCUGGAGACUCUGGAGGGAGUCAGAGGGGAGGAGAGGCAGCUCAGGGCGCAGCUGGAGGACAAGAUGGAGACGAUCUCAGCCAUCCAGGAGCAGUUAAGUGAGCAGGCGCAGUUGAACUCUGAGCGAGAGACCGAGCUGCAGCAAACGGUGCAGCAGCUCCAGUUGAUCAGGGAGGGACGAACUUCUGCUCAAGUUGAAGCCGGCGCCUCACAGCAGAUACUCUGUGACGGCAACCUGAACAUCUCAGCCCUCCGAGAGCAGUUGGGCGCUAUGGAUCAGAGCUGUGGUGGAAGCGAGGAGACGGCGGCGGCGCUGCGGGACUCGGACGCUCUGCUCCAGGAGUCCUGCGGCAGAUUCGAAACAUUCAUAGACCUUUUCCCCAAGUACAAACCCCACCAGCGGCUGAGCAGCACGCCUGAGCCCGGCUUGGACGCCUACAACACCGUGCGGCAGCAGCAGCUGCUGAUGGCUCAGGCGCUGGGUGACAUUAGGGUGCAGCUGCUGGCGCGAGCGCAAGGCUACAAGAGUCAGUUCGAGAAUCUGGCGAAGACGGAUUCAGCCAUUUUUGAGGAGCGGCGUCUGCAGGACUCGCUGCUGUCCCGGGCGGGGACGCCCCGCCACUCGGCCAGAGACGAGGACCUCGGUGUGCUGUGGGGCGGCCGGCAGGCCGAGCUGCUGGCCAAGAGGCAGCUCUGUCUGCAGAAAAUGUCCCACGUCUUGAGGAGGCUGCAGACCAAGAGGGACUUGUACUCCAGCGAGGUGUCGGAGGAGGUCCAGGUCAGGACCAGCUUCAAGGAGCAGCUGAAGGCCCUCAACCCCAUCCAGCCGCAAAACUUUGGCAAGAUGGACAGCAUCCUGAGCGGCGAGGUGGAGCUCAGAUCGGCGAUGGCUCACAGAAGGACGGCGGCCCUGCAGGGCGUCAUAGAAGAACACAACAGCCUGAGCGAGGAGCUGAAGCUGCAGGAGGCUCGGGCGGACUCUCUGCUCAGGGAGGAGAAGGAGAAGACCGCCGCGCUGCUGCAGGUGCUGAAGGACAACAAGCAGCUCGUGCUUCAGCUCCGGCAGACUGAAGAGAAAGUAGCGGCUCUGCGCGUGCAAAUCCGUCAGCUGGAGGAGGCUCAGCUCAAAGCCAGCAGCAGGGUGUCCAACCACAAAGAGGCCACCCAGCUGCUGCAGACGGAGCUGCAGGACAGCCGCGCACAAGUCGAGGAGCAGCACGGCACCAUCCGGACCCUCAAGGCCAAGCUGCGGCAGUCCGAGGAGAACGCGUCACCCAGCGCCGUCGAGCUGGAGAAACUCCGGGCUAAACUCUUCAAAAUGGAGGUGGAGCUGAGUUCAGCAUCCGACGGACAUGAACGGGAGAUCCAGAAGAUGAGCACAGUGCUGAAGGAAAAGGAGGAGUCUGUGAGGAAGCUGAAGGAGACGCUGAGGAAAUCACAGCAGGAAGGAGAGGACUCGUUCCUGCAGGGGGAGGAGCUUCAUGCUAGACUGAUCAACCCCAGAGGUUUGGUGAUCCAGACCAGCAUUCUGCUGGAGAAGACCAAACUGGAGGAGGAAGUCAAACAGCUUCGACUGAAAAUAACCGAGUUGGAAAGCCUGGUGUCCAGUCAUCAGGAAGAGAUCGGCAAGUGGAAGGGAAGGGCCAUGAAGCUCAAGGUGAUGCGCAAGGUGGAGGUGGACAAGACCGUGUCGCCCUCGAACCCCACCAAGAGGCCCCUCUCCGUCUCCUCGGACACCUCCAACCUCCUCGGCUCACCCAGGAAGGUCCUGGUUACUCCCAGAAAGGCUCUGGACUCCCCCAGAAAGGCUCUGGACUCUCCCAGGAAGGUCCGGGACUCUCCCAGGAAGGUCCGGGACUCUCCCAGGAAGGCCCGGGACUCUCCCAGGAAGGCCCGGGACUCCCCCAGGAAGGCCCGGGACUCCCCCGUGACCUCGUUUCUUGACUAUCCCAAGAGCAGUUUCUUCAACGGGGGGGAAGGCUCAGAGCUGCUGUCCAGAACCUGCCCCAAGCAGUUCUUCGAUAACUCCAGCCUCGGAACAGACCCAGGGGUUUUCGAUGCUCCUGAUCGAGCAGGCGCAGAGAAGGAUGCAGCUGCGGGUGCAGAAAGGAAGGACUGGUGGCCUCAGUCUCCGAAGCAGGAAGAAAUGUGUAAAACGCAAUAGAACCUUUUUUUUAUACUUUUUUUUCUUAUUUUUGUGGUUUUAUGAGGUAGUUCUGUUGUGCAAUCUGAAUAAAAAGUUCUAAUAAAGAUAUUUACUCAGCAAUA